AAUCAACAACUGGAUACAGUUGUUCGUUGGUAAUAACCAACCUACCGAUUUGUCCAACUCCACGUGGCACUACAUUGUCACUUCUCCUCACUGACUGCCUGGCCACACACAGUUCCAGCACGCACUCAAUUGACUAAUUAAACUUCAAAAUCAUUAAUUCUUUAUUCUUCCAUCGAUUUUUAAUUACCAAAAUACAAAAUCCCAGUAUUUAAUCACCAUCCCUUAUCUCUCCACAAUGAUUUUCAGUAUCAACUUGUAUUGAGUUAUUGGGUUGGAGGUUCUAUCAAUGGAUAAAAUUGUGGGGAAAAAGAGGAGUUAUUUGGCAAUGAAAACUGAUUCUGUGGCUGCUAAUGAAUUGAUCAGUUCUGAUUUGAAGGAAAUAGGGAAUGCUGUGAAAAAGCUUGCUAAUCAUGCUGUAAAGCUUGGUUCGCUUGGAUUUGGGACUAUAUUCCUCGAAUGGAUUGCUUCAUUUGCUGCAAUUUACUUGUUGAUCUUAGAUCGAACAAACUGGAAAACCAACAUACUCACGUCCCUUUUAAUUCCUUACAUUUUCCUGAGUCUUCCUUCACUUAUAUUCAAUUUGCUCAGGGGCGAAAUUGGGAAGUGGAUUGCUCUUAUUGCUGUUGUCCUCCGCCUUUUCUUCCCCAGACGUUUUCCAGAUUGGCUAGAACUGCCAGGAGCUUUGAUCCUUCUCAUUGUGGUGGCUCCGAGCUUUUUUGCUGGCACCAUAAGGGACAGCUGGAUCGGUAUCUUGAUUUGUCUGGUCAUUGGCUGCUAUUUGCUGCAGGAACAUAUCCGAGCGUCGGGUGGGUUCAGGAAUUCAUUUACGAAGAGCAACGGGAUUUCCAACACCAUCGGGAUUGUCAUUCUGUUGGUAUAUCCUGUUUGGGCACUCAUACUAUACAUUCUUUAAAGGAAUUGUUUCAGUAUAAUUUGUGUGUGAAGAUUUGCAUGAAUCUGUAUUGCUUUUGUGUUACGAAUAAGUUGAUUUGUUCUUUUGUGCCAAAAUAAGCUUCAUUGGACCUGAGAUUGAGAGAGUUUAUCACAGUAUAUAACAGAAUUCUGCUUCUAUCUA